AAUGCCACGAGAAUUUCGGCCCCUGCUCCUGAUUCUGGGUGGGAUGAUAACGAAUCACAACUUGUCCCGAAAAAAAACGUUUAGUUAUGAAAAUACCAUACUUUUUCGUAACUCAGUAGAUUUUUUGGAAUGUAGAUACGGUGAAAUAUCGCUUGUAUUUUGUUCAACUCACGCACGUCUAUAUGUCAAUUAAAUGACUGCUAGUCAUAUCUAAAUCAACUUCAUGCGCGUGUCUAUAGCAUCAUAGAAGCAGUGUUAUUGAGAGUAAAAGAGCAAGAUACCCGCAAUUUGCAAAUUUCGGAUUUCGCGGUAGGCCUCCAGAGGUUGCCCACACAGUUUGGCCAACAUUUUUUUUUAAUGAAUGACAGGUUAUGUCUGAGUUCAUAAACCUAUCAAACCACCAGAUAAGUCAAAUUGUAUUUAAUCUGUGCCUGACAGAACGAAGUAUGUGGCCAGUGCCCUUUUAAGGUUAAAAAAAAACAUAUCUUAGAACGUACGUAGUUUACUUUGUUACUUUAUUUCCGUCGUUUCAACGCUUUCACUGAUAUUGGUCGCGGAUAACAGAUGUCCCAGCAAAAUGUCAAAACAGAGAUUUCUGUAACUACCCGACGAAGUCUAUGAAAAAGUUUGGGGUAGGCAUCGCAAUUUCAAACCAUCCACCCAGUGUUGCCAGGUGAGCGGAACAGAAUUAUCGUAUUUGAGUGUCAAAAUUAUCGUACCGAUGAAAAAAAUAUCGUACGCCUUUCAAAAAGGCACUACUGCCAAAAUUUCUUGCAAAGUAUGCCCGUAUAAACCAUAUACAACUAAUAAAAAAAAAAUGCUUACCUACCUUAACGCGACGAUAGCGAUGGAUUUUUUUUCAAAUUCUGUCAAUUUACCCCAUUUCACACACAAGCGUACUUCUCGCACACUACGUUACUGGAACAGGUCAAUGACCCAUCAUGCGUUUUUUAAGAUUGCACUUUUAGUUUAGUAUUAACCACCGGCCUCCUUUGAGGAACUGAAACUGUAAAAGCGUUCCAUUGAAAGAAGAAAGAGAAACAAUACAUUUAAUCUUGCUUUACUUGUUUGUUCACGUCACACAUGACUUAUUUCAUAGAAAAAAGACAAGCAUAGAAGCCGGGCAAAAAUGCUUCGCAAACAUAUAUAACUAGUGGGAUUUUUUUUCCCAGUAGUUACCACUGGUAACAACUUGGUGGUAACUAGUGGGAAUAACCCAGUUCAACUAGUCAACAACCCCGUUAUCAAUGUUGCAGCCUUGACCUUAAUACAUAACUUCGCCUCUAGCAUUAAAUUAUAAUUCAACUGUAACUCGUUUCACGGGCGGGCGUAUAGUAAUUCAACAUUUAGGAAUCAAGUUUAAGUACAAAUUUCGUAACAAAAAUCGGCCAAGAAUAUGUCGGGUCAUGCUCAGUGUAGGAUUCCGUAGUUACCAUUCUGUCAAAAUACGCUAAACAGAGGCUAUUAGGAAGUAUCAUCAUUUACAUUAUAAGCAUAAGAAAGUACCUUCGCAGCGCUUUGUAACGUGCAAAGAAGAGAAGACAUUUUGCAAUUAUUCAAAAACGGCUGGACCGAUCAUGUUCGCUAUAGUUUUCAUAGAAUUUUCAUAUUUUAUGGACCCACGGUUCAAAAGUUAGAGUUAGAUUAUUUCCGAAAAUAUUGGUGUAUAUAAAGCUGGUAGCCUAGCGGUAAGAACGUGCGACUUGCAAUCCGGAGGUCGCGGGUUCAAACCCCGGCUCGUACCAAUGAGUUUUUCGGAACUUAUAUACUUACGAAAUAUCAUUUGAUAUUUACCAGUUGCUUUUGGGUGAAGGAAAACAUCGUGAGGAAACCGGACUAAUCCCAACAAGGCCUAGUUUACCCUCUGGGUUGGAAGGUCAGAUGGCAGUCACUUUGAUAUGAUGAAUACGACAAUUUUGUCCACCGAAUUAGUGACGUUUUCUAUGUAUGUACUUAUAUAUUUAAGUAUCAUAUAAAUGAUUACGUAUAUCGUCGUCUAGGACCUAUAUUAUAAACUUGGGUAGGACUAGUUCAAUUAGUAGGUUGCCCCAAAUAAAUAGAAAUACCGACACUAGUGGCUUUGUCAGCUGGCUAUUUAUACAUUUGCUACGACGCAAGUACUAUCUCGGACUAAGGCUCAGAAACGCUUUUAAAAAUAGCAGUAAAUACCGGUUUAUUUUGGUUUUACUCCGAACUUUCAUUAAAACCCGAACGUUUUAAGAACUUUAUUGUAACCUAAAUAAACCAGUUCAUUCGACGAGCGACAAGAUGGCCGGCCGGCCUGGUAGUGUGCCGCGUAAACAAAGACAAAAGGAAGAAACCGGAUUUUAUUGUUAUAAACCGGUUAGUUUAACAAGAACUUUGUGGAAAUGUUCUCCUAAAAACCAGUUUAAAAAUAACGGUUUUACGAACGAAACCAUACUCAAAAGCUUUUGCGCCAAGUAUAUAAUACCUAACGGUUUGGAAAUGUUUUUCAAUUGUUUGAUAGAUUUACAUACUACCUAUAUAUUAUGUCCGUGUUAAAAAAACGCCAAUUUUUUCUUCCUAUGUCGUUCCUUAUGUAUACUUACCUACUUAGCCAUACCCCGGAGUUAACGAAGUUUUAAAUAAACACCGUGUAUAUGUAUAGGUAUCUACUAUAUAUUAUCCCUGGCUCCGUGUAGAACCUUCAUGAUUCACAAUUUUGUUCUGUCAUCGGUCAUAGUCGAAAAAAACUUAACAUUUUUCCAUAUCAUUUCAAUCAAAAAUCUGUCAUGAUAUUGAGAAGAAAUUUAGGUUAUUGUUUAUAUUCAACCAUUCUAGUGAGUACAUAAUAACCGAUGUGAAAUUAAACAUCAGGCAUGUCUCUGACUAAAAUCCUCAAGGCGCCUGCCAGACUGUUUAGGAAGGAAAAUAUAUCGUUUCUUAUAAUUCGUCGAUACGAUAUCGGUCUUCCCAACGACAAUCUGCGUUACCUGUCAGUAAAACCCACAGCCUCCAUAUCGGUUCUGCGGCAGAAAAUAUGGCACUUGCUAGACCUGCCGGAUUUCUGCGAAGAGGUCAUCGUUCUUAAGUCGAACGAUGUCGAGUUACCGUUGACAGAACUACGGAAAGGGAACGAUCCUCAGAAACCGUUCAUACUGGAGGUGUGGCCGGCGAAAAACAUGCAAACAUUCAAACACAACAUGUUGACGAUGGGUAGCGACAUUCGUUCCUCCGCCGCGGCGUCCGUUACAGAUUGCGACAACAAAUCACAAGCAGGGUCUCAACAGGAUUUCAAAGACAUAGAAUCAACUGAAACCAUGCCGACCCCCACUAAAGAAGUAAAUAAAUUACGACAAAAGUGUUUUAUGAACACGUUGCCGCCAGAAUACAAGAGCUCUGAGCUCUCUUGCAAAAUCUCCUCAACGUCCUUAUUAUUUAAAUUACCCAGUCGAAGGAAUCGAGAAAACUUCGGAAUUAUUUUACUCAAGCUUCAAGACGACCUGAUGGCUCUAAGCGACAAAUUGUCGACUUUAGAGGAUAAAAUUAAAACGUAGUUACUUUGUUGUGAAAUAAACAAUUUACCGUCAAGAAGUUUUUCUGUGACACACUUUUAUUGUUGACUGUACUUCUCAUUUGCAAGUCUAUCAUCACUCGAUAUGUCAGUGUUUUUCCAUCAAGAAGUUCCGUUUUGCAUAAGAUGAGCCUAGCCUUACCACCAGUUUGACACUAACCUGACACUGCGAUAUUCGCUAGCGUGUGCGUAACUUACUUCUAUGCAUCUCGCUCGUACGCAGUAGAAAGUAAGUUACGCAGGCGUGAGCGAAUAUGUCAGUAUCAAACUCGUGGUAAGGCUUUAGAUCCAUGUUAGUAUAGUAUUGCAUUGUCGUGGAAA